GAUGAAGUCCCAAAUGUUGCAUCAAUUUGCAUCAGACGCGAGAGUUUCAAAACUGGGUACAGAAAAAAAAAUAUCACUGUAAUGACCAAUUUGUGAGAAUCAUAUCAACAAGGAAAUUUAUGUAUCUGUCGUACUGAGGUAUUCAAAUUCCUGAGUUGCAGCGUGUGGUUGGCGAGACGAUUGCAAUUCUUUGGUAGUUAAACACACAUUUGAAGUUGGCAUUCGGGAGCUAGGAAAUGGGGGUGAAAUUUAGCCGUUGGGGGGGUUAAGAAACGAGGUGGUCUCCUCAUUUGGUAGUUGAGGUGGUUAACGAGGUCGUGGAGGGUUCUCCUCUCCUAUAUCUGCGGCUGAGCAUUCCAAAAAAAACUUAGACAACUACAACGAUACUCCCUCUCUCUCCCUUCCCCACCACCACCCCCGCUCCCCUUUCUAUCUCUCAAUCUUCAUCUCUUCAUUGUGGUCAGUCGUUGGUUUUUCCUCUGAAAUUCUUAGAUCUUUAGUGCACGGUGCAGAAAGAUGGCUCUCUUGGCAGCUGUGGCCAUUGUCCCGAUCGGCCUUCUUUUUCUUCUUUCCGGACUCGUUAUCAAUCUUUUACAGGCCAUUUGCUAUCUUUCCUUCCGCCCAUUUUCCAAAAGGUUGCACAGGAGGAUCAAUCGAGUUCUCGCUGAGCUGCUGUGGUUGGAGGUGGUGUGGCUUUUUGAUUGGUGGGGAGGAUUUAAGGUUCAAGUGUAUACUGAUUAUGUUACAUUACAAGCUAUGGGUAAGGAGCAUGCUCUUGUCAUGUCUAAUCAUAGAAGUGAUGUCGAUUGGCUUGUUGGAUGGGUUUUAGCCCAGCGCUCAGGCUGUCUUGGAAGUGCACUUGCUGUCAUGAAGAAGUCUUCAAAAUUUCUUCCGGUUUUUGGAUGGUCAAUGUUCUUUUCCGAAUAUGUUUUCCUUGAGAGAAGCUGGGCAAAGGACCAAGCCACAUUGAAGGCUGGAUUGCAAAUGUUGGAAGAUUUUCCUCAGCCUUUUUGGUUAGCUCUUUUUGUUGAAGGAACACGAUUCACCCAGGAAAAACUUUUAGCAGCUCAGCAAUAUGCAAUGACUGCAGGACUACCAGUUCCUAGAAAUACACUAGUUCCUCGAACAAAGGGAUUUGUGUCAACCAUAAACACCAUACGUUCCUUUGUACCUGCUAUUUAUGAUGUCACUGUGGCUGUUCCUCGUGGUCAACCUGCACCCACAAUGCUCAAUAUUUUGGCAAGGAAGCCGUCUGUGAUACAUGUCCUUAUCAAGAGACACUCUACUGAUGAACUACCUAAGACAGAUGCUGCAAUUGCUCAAUGGUGUAGAGAUACAUUUAUAGAAAAGGAUUUGUUGUUAGACGCACAUGCAGCUGAAAAUACUUUUGGUGAGAAAAACCUUCAAAUGAUAGGUCGACCAAAGAAAUCUUUGCUGGUUGUUCUUAUGUGGGCAUGCAUCCUUGUAAUCGGUGCUUUCUUCUUCUUUACAUGGACUGCACUUCUGUCGACAUGGAAAGGGAUCUCAUGUAUUGUAGCCAUCCUACUGCUCAUCACACUUGUUAUGCAUGUGUUCAUCUUGUUCACCCAAUCAGAUCGUUCAAAUCCAGCAACCGUGCAACCUGUCAAGCCACAAAAUGAGGCUCACCGUCCUCUGCUUUGUUAAAGCUAGAGCUACUGCUUCUUGUUGUCCAUGUACUGCCAAUGAUACUACUUAUGAAAGAAGCAACUUAGAUUCAGAAUCUUGAAUCAACUGAGGGCAUACUAACCCUGGAUUAAAUCUUGUAAAAUAAUUACCUUUUUUCAUUUUUUAUUCAUUUUUUGGUGGAUGGCGCUAAUGUGAUUAUGAACCUUGUAAAACCAUUACAUUUCUUACUGUAAUUUAUUAUUUCAUUUUUUUUA